ACAGAUGAACAGUAGACAUGUCACUGCCAAAGAAUAAUUUCUUCAAAAUGAUGGGCCGAAUGUUCGAACACUUUUUAUUUUUUUUACUAUUUAAUAAAAAAAGAUUGUUAAUUUAUUACAAUUGUAUGGACAUAUGAGUUACAAAAAAAAAUGUAAAUACACUUAUACUGGCUUAUAUUUUUCAGUGCUACAUGCUUCUGUCUUAAUGACUCCAGGGAUGUGACCAUAUGGCUUGUUUUGGGACAGUCAUGUGCAUAUUCAAAAGGGUUCAAGGUUGGAGAUCAUGAUAGAGGCAUCAGCUGUGGACAGACUUAUUCCUUGGAUUCCAUCUUUAUUUAUUUGUUUACAUGUGUUCCACUCAGAACACGCAAAUAAUAAAAAUGGUGAAAGUCAACAAUAAGAAAAAACUGACUGAAAAAAUGACAUUAUGGUCUGAAAUGACAUUUUUAUGCAUUACAAAUUAUAAACUGAUGGCCUGGAUUUUAAGACUUUUAUGCUAAUCGAAUAAUGUGCUCUGUUUGCUCAAAUACACUUUUUGUAUAACAGUUAGUUGCGUUUCACCAAAAAAGUUUUUGAUUUUGUUUAAAUAUGUUAAUUAAUCAUCUCUUUCAGUCUUACAAACCAAAAACAAAAGGUUCCUUUGCACAGCAAAGGGACUUCCCCUAAAAUAUUUACAUAUAGAGGUACUUAAAGCUGCGCCUAAAUUCUGUCAGUGCAGCUUCGUUUCAGGGGGAAGAUGCUGUUCUACCUCGGCCUAAUAGUUUACAUCAGUCCUUUGUCUCUGGCAGUCAAACAGUGUCCUGUGAAUCACUACUACGAUGGCCUCAGUGAGGAGUGUGAGCCUUGCGAAUUACGGUGCAAUUCACCACCAGCAACUUGCACAGCAUCCUGUACUAAGAAUAUGUCAGAGUCACAGGGCAACAACUCAAGAGUGCUUUUGGUGGUUUUGUUUGUUGUGUUCCUGGGAGUCUUCAUGGCCAUGUCACUGAUCCUGCAGUAUCUGAGAAGAAAGACUUGCAAAAUUCACUCCAAACCCAAAGUACCCUGCCAGGAGGAAACGGGACCAACAGAACUACAAGAAGCCUUAUACAUUGCAGGGACAGAGACCCUAGCUGGGGCUGGCCAAGCUAUCCAAGAAGAGCAGAGUGAAGUAACUCCUAACUCCAGUCUGCCCCUUCCCUCCACUGAAGAAGGCAGAACCAUGCUAGUGACAACGAAGACAGGACAGAACUAUGGAAGCAGGAUGCAAAGCACUGAUAGCGGAGCUCUCUACCUGUGGAGGUCUGGAUUUGUGCCCUGAUUGAAGAUCCCAAAGCAAUCUUAUCAAGGAGGGGGCUGUAACCAUGAAAGGCACUAUAUGAAUGCUACAAUGUCAAUGAUCAAUCAUUUCUCUGUGUCUUAUGAUAUUUAU